CCCACACCCACCCCUACAAACACAACAAAAAGAAAAUGCCAGUCGAUUGCCACACCAACUGCCGGCCCCCAACUCUUUUGUCGCAUUCUUAAUUCCUUUUCUUCUUCUUCAUCUUCUUCUUCUUAACCCUUCUGAUCACUUCCUUCAAUUCCCUCCGCAGACACCCAAACAGCAAAACAAUGUCCGACACCGUUGCCUCUGCCGCUACUAUUCCACCCCACGUGGUUGACGAUUGCCGAGGUGUCCUCCAUGUCUACAGCGAUGGUUCCAUCGUCCGCUCUUCCAAACCAAGCUUCAACGUCCCCGUCCACGAUGAUGGCUCCGUUCUAUGGAAGGACGUCGUUUUUGACGCCGCUAACAACCUUCAGCUCCGCCUGUACAAGCCGGCCACUUUCUCGCCCUCUUCCACCUCCAAGCUCCCUGUCUUUUACUACAUCCACGGCGGCGGCUUUUGCAUUGGCUCCCGCACCUGGCCCAACUGUCAGAACUACUGUUUCCGCCUCGCUUUGGAGCUGCAAGCCGUGGUCGUGUCUCCGGACUAUCGGCUGAGUCCGGAGAGUCGGCUCCCGGCUGCUAUCGAGGAUGGAUUCUUGGCCGUCAAGUGGCUCCAGGCCCAAGCCGUGUCCAGCGAGCCGGACUCGUGGCUGACUGAGGUGGCUGAUUUUGGUAACAUUUUCUUAUCGGGUGACUCGGCGGGUGGGAAUAUCGCUCACAAUUUGGCGGUUCGGUUAGGAUCCGGGUCGCCCGAGUUGGGUCCGGUUCGGGUGAGGGGAUAUGUUUUAUUGGCGCCGUUUUUUGGUGGCACCGUAAGGACCAAGUACGAGGCUGAAGGACCAAAGGAGGCCUUUCUGAAUUUGGAGCUCAUUGACAGGUUUUGGAGGCUAUCUAUUCCAAUUGGGGAUACUACUGAUCACCCACUUGUAAACCCAUUUGGGCCAUCGAGCCGCAAUCUUGAAGCAGUGGAUCUUGAUCCCAUCCUGGUGAUAGUUGGGGGAAGUGACUUACUGAAAGACAGAGCUGCAGAUUAUGCAAGGCGGCUUAAGAAUUGGGGAAAGAAGAUUGAGUAUGUGGAGUUUGAAGGAAAACAGCACGGUUUCUUCACUAUUGAUCCUAAUUCAGAAGCGGCAAAUGAAUUGAUGCAAAUCAUUCAACAUUUCAUGGCUGAAAAUUCCAGCUAGCGAGGAGUACUGCAUUCGUGGCCAUGUACUUGAAAGCUCUAGUGCAGUGGGUGGUGGUGGGGUGUUUUUGGUGGUUUUUACUUCCUUUUAAGUUGGGCUUCUAUACACAUACAUGCAUUGAAUAAUGUUUAAUUCUCUGGACCUUGGACUCUCCCAUGUGCGUGAUUGCCACUUUUUAAUUAUUUAAUCAAAGAUUUCUUCAGCUUUUUUUCCUUUA